CACACCACCACAUGUUCUCUUUCUUUAUUCAACCCAAAUCUUUCUUAAACUAAAGGCAAGAGCCCAGCAAGAAAAACAUCCUCUGUUUUCAAACCACAGACACACAAAGAAGAGGAUUUUGUUUUCUUGACUAUCUAGAAAUAUGAAAAUAGCAGUGGAUCAUAAUAGUUGUAAUAGCGAAAGAAUAGGGUGUUUGGCGACCUCGUCGGUGGAGAGGAGGAAGGAGAUGGCGGAGGAGUGUAGUCCGUCGUCUUCGACGACAUCUUCUUCGUCGUCGAUCGGGAAAAAUAGUGAUCUAACGGAUGGUGGAGAAGAUGGGUUGGAGGAAAAUGAGGUGCAAAGUGCAUAUAAAGGGACUCUUGAUUCCAUGGAGGCUUUAGAGGAGGUCUUGCCUAUCAGGAGAGGUAUAUCAAAUUUCUAUAAUGGCAAAUCAAAGUCUUUCACAAGCCUGUCUGAUGCGUCCUCUUCUCCCUCCAUAAAAGACAUUGCAAAACCAGAGAAUGCGUAUACGAGGAAACGCAGAAACCUGCUUGCUUUCUCUCAUGUUUGGGAGAAGACCAGGAGUUUCCCUUACCGAAGUGGGAUAGCAAAGAGACCGAUUAGCAAUAGCAAAAGCACAUUGGCUUUAGCAGUUGCCAUGAGCAGUUCUGAAAGCAUCAGUAGUGCUAGCGAGGAUUCGACUUCAACUUCAAAGUCUCCCCCAAAUCUUCCACCUCUGCACCCAAGAUCCAGGGCUUCUCAUAACAAUCUAACCUCGUUACCAUCCCCACGACAAAAUUUUUCUCCCUGGCGGUCGUUCUCUUUGGCUGAUUUGCAACAGUGUACCAUGGGAAAUGUUUUCUCGUUUUUCAUGGUGCUUGCCCCAUGUGCUUGUUUUGAGUUGAUGGAAUGCCUAAAGGAAUACGAAUCUUCUCUCGUUCUGUUUUUAUCUUUUUGUGAUGCUGUUAGGUCUUCAACUACAACCAUACGAUGCUAGUUUGCGCCUAUUUUCCCACCUUGUCUUCACAUAUGAAUAAGCAAGGAACUAGGAGUAGGCUUUAACUCGAAACAGCCACUCCCUUUGCCACCGCGAUCAUGUGGAAAAUGCUGAUGUAGCAUAGUACCUAGGCGGGUAGAGGACAGCAGCAAGUCCAGAACCAAGCACUCUAUAUGCUCCUGCCAGAUGAAGCAGCAGGAGUGCUUCAGCUCACGAUCUACCAAGCCUAAAAGUUAAAACGAGUGGCUAAGCUAUGAUGCUCGGAACCUGAAUGGAGAAUUUAGAGUCACAUUGCCUGGAAGGGAAAGGAAAUAACUACAAUAGUUGACUGUCCAAUUGUCUUUGUAUAGAUGACAAACAAAAAAUAAAAUCAUAAUACAAACAA